AUGUAUGUGGCGAGGAAAACAAAGCAAACUGUAUCAAGUGGUAGGGUGUUGCAACCUCGGCGAAAGAAGCCACAACAAGACACGGUGUUUGAAUUGGACACUUACCUUGAUAGGAGAGACUUUGUCGGUGCGCUAACGCUGCUGCAGGUUCUGAAGCGACAGGAUGGAGAUCAAAACUCGGUUCGUAAUGCUAAAGGUCUCAGGUCGUGGCGUUUAAACACUUGGUGGAUAGCGUAUUGCCAUUUUCACAAUGGAAAUUUCGGCGAGGCAUUGUCACAUUUCGAGCAGUUGAUCGAAGCAGCAUCGAAUGAAGCGACUGCAGCAGAUCUAAAGAGUUGGCGACUAAGUCGUGCGUGUUGCUUAUUCUAUCUGCAAAACUUCGAAGACGCUGAACACGCGGCUCUGAGCAGUUCCAGAAGUGCCCUGUGCAAUCGAUUGUUGUUUUUGCUAGCACAUCGACGACAACACAGCGAGAAGACCUUACUAGAUCGAUAUCAGCAGCUUUCUCGAGAUUCAGUGGAGGACCAGCUAGCGUUGGCUGCAACGAGCUUUGCGCAGAAUAAUUUCCAGGAAGCUGCGGAAAUUUACAAGAGAUUGAUUUCAGAAUCGAAACAGGGCAGUCAAGAGGGCUGCUCAGCUUUGCAUGUGUAUCUAGCACUAUGUUACUUCCGGCUGGGGUACGACGAUGUCGCUCUGGAGUUGUUGGCAGUAUACCUGGUUGGUCAUCCAGACAGUUUCUUUGCCACUAAUUUGAAAGCGAGUAGCAACUAUCGACUGUAUAGUGCAAGAGAGGCAAAAUUUAUACUUGAUGACUACGUGAAACGAUUCCCAAAUCACCCAUGCGCCCAGGAAGCUCUCGAUAUUGCGAACUCACGUUCCGAAUUAUCAAUUACCGAUGUGAUGAGGCACAAUCUCGCCAUCUUCCGCGUGUCAGAUCGCGAAGCGAAUGGUAUCAAGAGUCUAGGAGCAGUGACUGAAAGAGUCUUGAGUUCUUUAGUGGGCCAUCUCGAUGAGGCACAACUGAACUUGGUCUUGCUUCAUCUCAAACGUCGUGAAUACCACAAAGCGUUCGCAUUAAUGGAAGAUAUGGAGCCGCAAACCACAACCGACCGUGCAAUUAAGGGAGUAUUGCACGCAGUUAUUGGAGAACAGACUCACUCCAAGGAGCAUAUUUUUCUAGCUGAGAAAUAUUUCCAUGCUGCCGGGUCUUCGCCCGAUGAUUGUGACACAAUUCCAGGCCGUCAGUGUAUGGCGUCGUAUUUUAUAUUACGUAAGGAAUCCAGCGAUGCAAACGUAUAUUUGAGUUCUAUCGCAACGUAUUUGAGUGCCGAUGACGCCUUUAACUGGAACUAUGGCGUAUCAUUAGCAGCAACUGGUGCUUAUCGUGAAGCUGAAGAAGUUUUACUGCGAGUUCAAAGUCCUGAACUACAGUCCCAACUCGUACUUUGUGGCUGGCUUUCUCGUUGCUAUAUCCGCAUGGACCGUGCUGCACAGGCAUGGGAAAUUUAUCUCAAGAUUGAGAACUCGCAGACUGCGUUUGCACUAUUGAAACAGAUUGCAAAUGAUUGCUACAAAACUCAGCAGUUCUACUACUCGGCGAAAGCUUUCGACGUGUUGGAGAGAGUAGACCCCGACCCGGAGUACUGGGAAGGCAAACGUGGAGCUUGUUUGGGAUUCUUCCGCCAAGUUGCUACUGGACAGGAACAUUCAAGUGGUGGAACGCUAACGCAUCGAUGUGAGGAGGUUCUCAAACUUCUGGGCAACUCGAAAAAUGUGCUGGAAGCGACUAGAAUUGUGGCUGUCAUACGGAAAUGGACAUCAUCCUUCCUGUCUAUCGGCAACUCUUAAAUCUUGAGAGCAAGUCAAAUGUCAUUCAUUACGUUCAAAUCCACAUUUUCGGACAAAGGGCCACGGCUUUACAUCGACACGUUCGUUUUGCUCAUG